AUUCGCAGUACGCCGCCGCCGCCGCAGCCACAUGCCUCUGCAACAGGUGACCUAUCGCGCGACGCGCACGACAUCCACGACUCGUAGGGCUUAAUUACACUUUACUUAAUUACAGACGAAACAACGUAGUAGUUGAAACAAAUAAUUUAAAAAUAAAUUUAAAAAAAUAUUCAAAGUUUUUGGUGCGUGGAAAAAACUUUUCGGUGUGUUUGUGUGAAUAUAAAGUGCGAAACAAACAAACUCGGCAAGACUUUUAAAAGUGACACUGGUGGUGUGUAGUGAGGCUUGAAUGUGAACCGGAGAAGAUCGAUGCCUGCAUCAACGAUGUUCUCGAAAUUCAAGAGCGGAAGCGGCGCGCAGAGCCCGCUCGAGACGAAUCCGAUCGGACAAUUCUUCGAAAUCGGCAAGCAGAUCGCCAGUGCCGGACCGGAACUUGUCUGGCGUAUUCAUGACGCUUACCGGAAAAGUGACGGAAAGGAAUGUUCAGUGUUUCUCUUCGAAAAGCGCUGCGCAGAGAAACUGCAUAAACCAAAACGCAAGGAAACAGUCACGGAAAUCCUCCGCUCGUCCGUGCGACAAUUGGAGCGCUUUCGCCACCCGAAAAUCCUGCACGUCCUGCAUCCGAUCGAGGAAUGCCCGGAGACGUUAGCGUUUGCGACGGAGCCCGUGUAUGCCAGUUUGGCAAAUGUGCUGGCGCAUCAUCAAGAAAUGAGCUCAAAUCAUGGGGUAGUUUGCCUCCGGGGCGUCGCAGGCGCCGCCUCCGUCACGCGACCUACCCACGCGAGGGAGUACAACUUUUUGGACAUUGAGUACAAAUACGGGAUUUUACAGAUAACGGAAGCGCUCUCCUUUCUGCAUUAUUCGGGUCAUGUGCUGCACAGGAACGUGUGUCCGGCGAGCAUCCUCGUCACCAAGAAGGGCACGUGGAAAUUGGCUGGACUCGAAUUCACAGAGAGGGUGAACGAUGUGGAUGGCGUUGAACCCGUGCCCUGUCAACCGUGGACGUCCAGAUUAUCGAAAAUGGCUCAACCCAAUCUCGACUAUACAGCCCCCGAAACGCAAACGCAAUCGAUAUGCAGCAUACUCAGCGACAUGUUCUCGCUGGGGAUGGUCAUCUGCGCGAUCUUCAAUCAGGGCCGGCCGCUCAUCCAGGCCCAGCACUCUAGCUCCAGCUAUUUGAAACAACUCGAAUUGUUAGAGGAUCAAGUUCACAAUAUACUGCCACGAGUGCCGAUACCGCUGCAGGAAGCGACGGUGCGCCUGCUCAGCAAGGACAGACAACGACCCACGGCGCAGUUGCUAUCGCUAAUCAAAUAUUUCAGCGAUCCGGCCGUGCACGCGUUGCAAUUUCUCGACGUCAUCAACAUGAAGGAUCCCACGCAGAAGGCACACUUUUAUCGCAGUACUCUCAAAGAAGCGCUACCCUACGUCCCAAAGAAAUUGUGGUAUCAGCACGUCUGGCCUUCGCUGCAGCAAGAGAUGAAGACGCAGGAGGUGCUCGCGGCAGUCCUGCAGCCAGUCCUCUACUUAAUUAACGAAUCCACAAUUGAAGAAUACGAACACAUCAUUCUUCCGUCCUUUAGGAGUGUAUUUUCAACACCAAAGUCUGUCCAAGCGACCGUAACGCUUUUAGAAAAUUUACACAUCAUCUUAGAGAAAACACCGCGUGAUGACAUCCGCACAGAAGUUCUGCCGAUGUUAUACAGUGCUUUCGAAAGUACCACGAUACAAGUACAAAGUGCAGCACUAGUCGCAGUGACGAACGUCUCUGAAUACCUGGAUGAAAUGGCGAUCCGACGGAUGAUUCUACCAAAAACAAAGAUGAUCUACGAGAAGAACCAGAACGACUUGAAGAUCGUCUCCAACGUAUUGUCGUGCGUUGAGCGCACGCUAGAUAGAUUAGAUAAGAGUCAAAUUAUCGACGAAGUAUUGCCUUUACUCUAUGACAUCCGACUGUCUGAUCCGAUAAUCACACUACGAGUAGUCAAUAUUUAUCGACUAAUGCUUAGUGAUAAGAAAUACGGACUCUCUGUAAAUCUGAUGGCAACAAAGGUGAUGCCCAGCUUGCUCCCACAAACAGUCAACCCCUCGUUGAACCUCGAGCAGUUCACGAUGCUAUUGGAAGUUCUCCAAGAGAUGCUCGACCAGAUCGACCGCAAUCAACGCAACAAACUCAAACUCGACAACCUGUCUCUGCCAAGUCCAGAGCGGCACCGCCCGCUGCGUCACCAAUACAGUUCGGAUAACAUGCACGUACCACCCUUCAACAUCCCCAAUUUACGUGUGGAACAGCGUAAGACUUCCAGUGCCGAAGACAUGGCCCGCAAGAACUCGGCAGGUGGAUGGGGUAUGUUGGGUGGUUGGUGGUUUGGUGGAUCACCUUCAUCGCCCGAUAGUAACUAUCUGAAGGUGAGCAACGCGUUCCCCAACCGUCGACUUUCGGACAACACGUUGAUGACACCCAAGAUACGCAUCGCACCUUCAUGCGCCAGCUCCCCGGGUGGUACCCCUGGUGGCGGGUUGCCUAUCCGACGACAUUCCAGUAUUGGUCCGCAGGAACGACGCGGAUCCACCGUGAACCUCUCACCACCAACGGGUGCCAUAGGGUACAGCUCUGUGUCCCGCGAGGGCUCGAGCAUAUCGGUGCCGUCGUCGUAUCUUGCACGGAGCAUGAUAGGCGGUUCGAUGCCCAACACGAGCAGCAGCGUACCCUACCUGCUAACGAGCAGCAUGCAGAACAUCCGGUCGCGGCGGCCCUCGGCGAUGUCCGCGCUGGGCGGGUCGCAGGGCUCGGGCCUGCUGCAGCAGCUUGGCUCCGGCAUGGACUCGAAUUUCGAUUCGAACUACUUCCAACGCAUUCUGCGCGAACGCAAAUUUUACAGAGGCACCUACACGCGCCCGAUUGCGUCGAACGAUCUGGCUUACAUGAACUAAUCUGGGCGCCACCAUCGCUUUUUUUUGUACAAACUUUAUUAUAAAGGCAUGUGAUUCCCCCUUUGUACAGGUCCGGUCAUUCGACUUGCAUGCGAGCCGAUCAAUUUUCACUGCACACCAUUUAAAAUCAACUUAAAUAUUUUAAGCGUUUAAAGGUUCAAGCAUCACAUAAUUUAAACGACUUUUAAACAAAUUCUAAACUAAAAAUAAUUUGAAUGUUGCCACCAUCAUAUCAUCAGAAACAUCCGAAAUACACGAAAUUUGUUGACAUUAUGUGCUGCUUUCGAAAUGAUUGCUGUAGAAUCCAUCUAUAAAUAUUGCUGCAUUGAAAAAUCGGUUGAGAGUAGUGUUGAUUGUGCAUCAAUCAUUUUGAUAUGUGCCAAAAACAUGAAACCAAAAUAAAUCUAUGUAAAUGUAUGGGCUGGAAGACUGUAUAAACGUCGACCAGCCGCCAUCGCUGAAUAGCGAGCGCGCCAGCCGGCCUCAAAAACCCGCGGAGCACGCUCGUUCUAAUCGGAUGGUUUUGUUUUCUCUGUGUGAUGUUCCAGUACCAGCUAUUUGCCGGCCGGCAGUAAACGCGCGCCCGCCGACCGCCCUCCGCCCGAAACCAUCACCACCACAACCAACUCACCAACUCUUAAUAACAAUAAUAACAAACAAUUACGUCUCUCUAUCCGAGCACCAUCCACCAAUCAGAUCUCAUGUUGCACCAUUGUGUUUCGCAUCCGUUUGUUUGUGCCGUCAGUUUUCAGCCGCCAUCAUUGUUCGCACCUCUGGCAGCAAAAGGAGGAGAAGACGAGCUGUCGCUGCUUCUUCACGGUGGAUUAAUGGCAAUCCCUCAACGACAAUCAUGCUACUGCACAGAAUCACGGAUACAGCUUGUAAAUAUUAUUCAAAACUAUACAUCAUGGUAGACAACCAUGUAUACAUGCAUACACCUAACCUUACAUUAGUGCUAUUGGAAUGCAAUCCUUGAUUGAGAAUGAAACAUUUGCGAGCUUAACAUGACUUUUAAAAAAUGAAACGACAAUCACCCGAAAAUUAUUGCAAAUAGUCAAUUCAAUAAUUCCAACCAGACAGCAAUCAAAAAUUGUUCAUAACUAAACUAAAUAGUUUCUAACCUUAAAAAAAAAACACUAAAAAUUGUAAAUUGUAAAGUGUUCCUUUCGUCCAGCGCACUGCUGAUGGCACACAGUAUAAAAUGUAAAAUGUACUCCAGUCCUCAAUUCAAAUUGAACGUGUUUUUAUCAAAUGUGCCCUCAAUAACUAUUAAUUAAUUACGAGAAUAAGCAACAACAUAUUAACAUACAAACAAUUUCACAUCAAUAUCUCUUCUUUCAAAGUACAUUCCUAGACAAUCUCUUACAAAUCACGUUUCAAUAAUGAUAAUUAAUGAUAUUCUAAUCGUGCAUUUAACUAAAUCAGAAGUACUCACACACAGAAAGCAUAUAUAUAUGACCUAGUCAAGGAGGAAGAUUGAAGAGAAGAUAUAUUUAACGAAAACAAAUGAAUAUUUUUUCA